AUGUCACUCUCCAAAGUCAAGCACAUCGUCUUGGUCCUGUCGGGCAAAGGGGGUGUUGGAAAGUCAUCUAUCACGACUCAGCUUGCGCUCUCACUGUCCCUUGCCGGCCACUCCGUCGGGGUGCUCGACGUAGACCUCACUGGCCCCUCCAUCCCUCGCAUGUUUGCCAUCGAAGAUGCAAAAGUAACACAAGCGCCCGGUGGGUGGCUCCCCAUCCUCGUGCACGACGCCGAUCCGUCUGGGGGAAUUGGCUCUCUUCGCGUGAUGAGCCUUGGGUUCCUCCUACCUCGGCGAGGCGAUGCCGUCGUCUGGCGGGGCCCCAAGAAGACGGCUAUGGUGCGCCAGUUUUUGUCAGACGUGUUCUGGGACGAGUUGGACUAUCUCCUCAUCGACACGCCACCCGGAACCAGCGACGAACACAUCUCCCUGGCCGAGACGCUACUGCAGAAGGCGCGGCCGGAGCAGCUUGCCGGCGCCGUUGUCGUGACGACUCCGCAAGCGGUUGCUACGGCCGAUGUCAGGAAAGAGUUGAACUUUUGCACCAAGACUGGAAUCCGCGUACUUGGCGUUAUUGAAAACAUGAGCGGCUUCGUGUGCCCCAACUGCAGCGAAUGCACCAAUAUAUUCAUGAGCGGUGGAGGUGAAGUAAUGGCAAAGGAUUUCAACGUCCGGUUUCUCGGCCGUAUCCCCAUCGACCCUCAAUUUCUGGUAUUGAUCGAGACGGGUAAGACGCCAAGAUACCCAGAGGGCACAAAGGUCAACGGACAGGAUAUCUCGACCCCUGCAGGCGAAACCGUCGCCGAGGAUGGAACACGAGACUCAGGCCUCCUGGUACACAAGUACAAGUCUUGUUCACUGGCCCCAAUAUUCAACACCAUCACGGCCGAUGUCAUAAGUGCAGUGCAGCAGGGGGGUGGCAAGGAGCGUUGA